AUGUCAAUUCAAGCAAAUAUUAACCUAAUAAGUAUUGAUGCAGACAGAGCUAUUACAGAAUAUAAUGCACAAGUCUUACUUAUGCAAGGCAACGAUAUACAAGAAUUUCUUACAUAUGAUAAUGAAAUUUAUAAUGAGUUAAAUCAUGAACCUGAAGAGAAAAUAUUUGGAAAGAAUGGAAGUUGUGAUAUAUUUUUAAUGUUGGAAUUGCGAAGAUCUCAUGAGGCUUUUUCUCAUUCUGAUUAUCCUUGUAGAAUACAAAUUCAAAUAACUGUUAAUUUAAAUUAG